AGAUUAUAGUCAAGUCAUGUGUAAUAAAUCAAAGUUCGAAAUACAGUCAGAGCAUACUGCUGAACAAACCUAUUUUAUAGAGGAUAUCUAUGGUUUAUAGAUAACAUAACCUAAACGAACUGAAGUAUAAUGUUUGGAAUUACGGAUUAAAUUCUUGUAUAUAAAAAGUUUCUAUAUUAAUAUGGCAACAAAAGUUGUAGCUACAGCAACUGUUAGAGCGGUCAAAAGAACUUUAUUACCAACAAGAGCAGCUUUACUUUUGACACCUUCUGCAGUUAAUCGGAUUAAAGAUAUACUUAAAGAUAAAAAACAAUAUAUUGGUUUGAAAAUUGGAGUCCGUCAAAGGGGCUGCAAUGGUUUGUCGUAUACUUUAGAUUAUGCAGAAAAAAAAGAUAAAAUGGAUGAAGAGGUAAUACAAGAUGGUGUGAGAGUAUUUAUUGAUAAAAAAGCACAGUUGACACUAUUAGGGACUGAAAUGGAUUACGUGGAGAGUAAACUCAGUUCCGAAUUUGUCUUCAACAAUCCAAAUAUUAAAGGAACCUGUGGUUGCGGCGAAUCUUUUAGUGUAUAAAAAUGAAAUAUCUGACAAUUGUGAUGAAUUGUAGUGAUAAUAUUAAACAAUAGAACAUGAUAGGUUAUAUUAUUUCAAUUGUGAAUUUAUUUAUUAAUGUUUAAAGUAAAUUAAAUAAAAUUUCGUUCCAUUU